AUGGCAGCCCUCAGCCUCAAAAUAGACGAAGAAGACCGUGACUCGAAGGAGGUCGCCGGUUAUUCUAGCUGGAAUGCGUUUCAUGUUCUCAAGCGUUACCUGGAGCCAGACGGCGAUUUGAACAUGAACCAGGCCGCGAUACAAUUACUUAAAAUGCUCCCCAGCGAAGAAGGCAAAAGGUUCAAUGCGGAUCAGCCGGAUCUGUUUUCCUGUGUGUUCCUCGAGGUGGCCGAACAGAUUCCGUACCAUCAUCCAGCUCAGGUCCGCUUUGUGAGACUCUUAAAGCGUCUGGCAGCAUGCGACAGGGUACAAUCAUGCUAUAUAGAAGAGGAUUGCACCUUUCGCUAUAGUAUGUUCGACACGAAAAUAACUUUGCGCGAGUGGUUUCCAUGGGAAUCUGCGGUCAACAUGAGCUCAUUUGUCGCGCGGACCUGGGCGGCAGGAAUAUUCAACGGCAUCAACUUUGCAAUCUGGGUUAUAAAAGAUGGGCUGGAGGAUGACUACGACAGGGAACAAUAUUAUAGCGAAUUUAUCAGCGCUGCAGCAAUGUGGAUCAUAUAUUCAGGUCAAUUGCUAUUCGACGAGAUUGUCCAGUUUCCUGUGGAGAUUACUGAGUACAAAGCGAAAGCAUGGAACACUGGUCCACUGUACACAGGACCCAUAAUAGGACUUGAAAGGUGGAGAUUCUGGCAAAAGGCGUUUAGUGUAGCAGUAGAAGGUGUGAAGGUGGAUAAUGAAGGGAAAGCAAAUGCCCUCAAGGCUGCGAAUCUAAUGGAUGUCAUUGCACGAGAUUGCAUGUGGUAG